CUCUGCCUUCCCUUCCCUUGCAUUGCUAUUGUCUUAUAAACUUUUCUCAUACCAUUCCUUAUCCCCCAAUAAUGGCCGAGGCAACGCCCAUGUUGCCACACUUUCUCAUCCUUCUUUCUCUUUACCUCGUCAUUGCAAAUGGUGUUCACUCUUAUGACAAGAAGAGCUUCAACUUGCAGAGGAAACAGCAACAUGGUACCCCAGGGUGCCACCUCCCCGAAUCAAGAAGGGAGAAAGGUGCUGUUAUACUUGAAAUGAAAGACAAGGGUCAUUGCUUAGAGAGAAAAGCUGAUUGGCUUGAGAAACAGUUGGAACUGGAUGCUCUCCACGUUCGUUCAAUUCAAAAUCACAUUCGAAAAAAGACCUCUAGCCAAAUUGAAGAUGCCUCGGAAACCCAAGUUCCAUUAACUUCAGGCAUAAAAUUCCAAACUCUAAACUACAUUGUGACGAUGGGAUUGGGUAGCCAGAACAUGACCGUCAUAGUAGACACUGGAAGCGACCUAACAUGGAUCCAAUGCGAGCCUUGCCAAUCAUGUUAUAAUCAGAAAGGACCUUUAUUCAAACCUUCUACCUCCCCUUCCUAUCAAUCAAUUCUGUGCAAUUCCACAACCUGUCAAUCUCUUCAAUUGACUACCGGAAACUCAGGAGCAUGUGAUACUAGUCCAUCAAAUUGUGGCUAUGUGGUUAACUAUGGUGAUGGAUCAUAUACUAGUGGUGAGUUGGGAAUUGAGAAGCUGAGUUUUGGAGGUACUUCAGUGAGUAAUUUUGUAUUUGGAUGUGGAAGGAACAACAAAGGUCUAUUUGGAGGAGCCUCAGGCAUUAUGGGGUUGGGAAGAAGUGACCUCUCAAUGAUAUCUCAAACGAAUGCUACAUUUGGAGGAGUUUUUUCAUACUGUUUACCUUCAACUCAAGUUGGAGCUUCUGGCUCAUUGGUUAUGGGUAAUCAAUCUGGGGUUUUCAAAAAUGUUACUCCAAUUGCCUACACUAGGAUGGUUCCUAAUGUUCAGUUAUCCAACUUUUAUAUACUCAAUCUCACUGGCAUUGAUGUUGGUGGUGUGGCUGUGCAAGCUUCAAGUUUUGGAAAUGGUGGGGUAAUACUUGAUUCUGGGACAGUGAUCUCAAGACUGCCUCCAUCUGUGUACAAGGCUGUGAAGGCAAAGUUGUUGGAACAGUUUUCUGGUUUCCCUUCAGCACCAGGAUUUUCAAUUUUGGAUACCUGCUUUAAUCUCACAGGGUAUGAGGAUGUAAGCAUACCUACCAUAAGGAUGCAUUUUGAGGGCAAUGCUGAGAUGAAUGUGGAUGCAGCUGGCAUAUUCUAUUUGGUUAAACAGGAUGCUUCGCAGGUUUGUUUGGCCCUUGCAAGUCUUUCUGAUGAAUAUGAAAUGGGGAUCAUUGGGAACUAUCAGCAGAGGAACCAAAGGGUGAUAUAUGAUGCCAAACUCUCUAAGGUGGGAUUUGCAGGAGAGCCUUGCAGCUUCACUUGAGUAGGUCAUAUAACUAAGAUAGGUGUCUUACUGGGGAUAUAAUUCUUCAAGCUAGUCUAAAAUUAAGUAACAUGUGGCAGUAACAUCUUCCGGUUACAGAUAACUGUAUUUUCCUUUUUGAGCAAGUACUAGACAUAAGAUAAAUGUCUGGCUUAUUUUGAAUGUGAUUGUGUUUUAAACUUCUAUUUGUAAACCAAAGGUGGUUUAAUUGGAUUGUAAAUUGACUCGUAUUAAGUUUCUUGAAUUUAAGAUAUUGUAGCAGUAGUAAAAUAAAGUACAGAGACUACAUAUAUUAGUUAGCAUCAGUUA